GGAAAUCCUUAGUGGAGGACCUCUUCAUGAAAAUAGAGUCUCUGGAGGGUCGAGUGAGUGCUUUGGAGGACGAACAGGCGGCCAAGCCAACAGGACCUGAGCCCAUACUAACCUGCGUGCAAUGCCUCACUGAAUACAAGCAGUCUGAAAAUGCAGAGGGAGGUUGCAAACACCACACUGGCACUUUAAAGUACGGGGGCUGGAAGGCCACAUACACGUGUUGCAAUGCGUCUGCUGGAGACCAAGACAAGGCCAGGACUCUUCUCGGCUGUACAAAGGGUAAACAUCGCAGCCAGCACCAUUUGGACUACCCCUACUCCCACUACUACUUUCAUAUGAUGGACCUGUCAAAAGGUGCUCGUGAGCUGUGGCUGACAAUGGAUGUGAGAGACUUAGUCACGGACAGUUGCGAAUGGGCUGAAGUUGGGAUUUCUGCAGAGGGAAAGGUGUUUGUGGUGGUGGGGUCAACUCGAGUACAGCCAGUGGCGUGUGCUGAGUGGAGCAUGGCUGAGCUACGGCAGGUCAAGCGAAUGAUGGUGGUUGAUCAUGUGGACCCUGCUGGUUGGAGCUGCAAAACUGAAUUACAUACAGAGGCCCAGAUCGCUAAAACCAUCACUGUGUCUUUGAAAGCAGCAAGCAAUAAGAGUGCAUUAGUAAAGAGACUGCAACUGGUGCUCUCGGGAGAGACCUUUAGACCAGGCUCAAUUGAGACAGUGUCAGACCCUAGUUCCCCGGCAACAAGGCGUGAUAACUCCAUGGAGAGUGAGACGGUGAAAGAGGGUCCAGUGUUAGACCCAGGGCAGGACUACUCAAAAGGCAGGAAGAACGACUAUCCUUCUGUCACCAAUGACGACAUGUUUGCUCUGGAGCUGAAGCAAAGUGCCCCAGUAACUGUGAACUCCAGCAACAGAACAGCCAUCGGGAAGUGGAACAAUCUGUUUACAAUGGGCAUCAGACUCAGUAAUGGGCUGCCAGAUUCAGUGGUUAUCACACAAGUCUAUGGAGAGUAUUUAAACAAAGAUGGGCAGUGGACACGCUGUGAGGACCUGUGGAUUAAGCCUGCUGAGGGAGAGCGGUUUCUUGAGACUGUGGACUUACUGGUAGAUGCAGCCGCCCCACUGUCGAUGGUUUUCAAACUGGCCAUUGCCAUAGACGGUCCUGAACCAGACAGCUGGGCCUCCAGGGAGCGUGCGCAUCACUCCCUGCCACAGCCGCUUCACUUCAGGGUGACCUGUGUGGACGAGCUAGGCAGGAGAGCGUCUCUCAGGUUGGAGCAGGGCAAUUGCCCAUUGAGCUUUCCGACAUAUGAGUUACGCGCGAAGAACUGGGCCAAAGGCAAACCGCUGCUAUUUUAUCUGUGUGCCGAUGAUGUUGACUCUUUCACAAGAAGUGACGUAUCCAUCUACUAUGAUGACAAUGGCAUGAUGGUCUACCGACCAGCACCAAAUGAUCAGGGCAGCACUUCGUUCUUCCUGAGGGAGAGCAACUUGAACAUGGCUGCAUUUCAGUCACAGAGUUCCAGUGUGAAGGAGGUAGAGCUUACGGAGCUGAAGAAGGAAAACAAGGGCUCCAGUGUACAAGCCUUCGCUUUGGUGGAUGACGGCAUCACCUGUGGGAUCAAGGUGGUCAUAGUGACACCCACCUCCAAGGCUGAGGCAGUGUACAUGCUUCCCGCUGAAGACUGGUCUACAGUUACUCUAACUACUGGCUCUUCAGAGGUGAUGGUCAACAGCAGUUUCACUGUGAGCUGGAGUCUACCAAGAGCUUCCAAGAAUGACAAAAUAGGUUUGUACCCACUGUAUGGCAAAACUGAUGUCUCUAGGGCCACAAACAGACAGGCUGCGACACAGGGAGAGUGUCAGAUCAAGGUAACUUACCCCCACUCCUCGGGUAGAUCUCUAUCUCACUUUGGAAACAGACUGAUAGAAUUGAAACCACGAAGCACACUGACCUUGUAGAAUACUAGACAUUUACAUGCCCCUACUACUCCGGGAGAGUACGAGGUGCGCUACUACCCAGCGUGGCUGCAAGGUACCUACACUGGCUACAGACACAGCUCUUAUGUUGCAGUAACUCACAUCACUGUGGUACCAGCUAACUGAACUUACUACUGUUGUUAGCUUUGAAAAAUGGUUGCUGCUUGCGUUUAAUUCUAGUUGUUUUUGCUGAAACAAAAUAGAAACGAGGUUAAUUACAUCACUGUUCUUUGUGCCCUGUUGGCUGCAUACAUGAGAUGGGAGUAUUAUACUGCUUUUUUGCUUGACAGAAA